GGUCCAGAAAAAAGGUAUAGCAGCCAAGUCAUCCAAAACAUCAUGCAAUGAAGCCAAGACAGCCAGUCAAUGCAGUCCUGAAACACAACCCAUGCUAUCCACUGUAGACAAGUUCCCUGAUUCCUCAAGUCCAGAAAGGUCAUCCACACCAUCCAGUACAGAAAAAUUAAUCAGGCCCUCAAGUCUACAAAAGCCAUCCAUACCAAACAGCGCAGGAAAGUUAACUAGGCCAUCAAAGCCAAAAAGGUCAUCCAGGUCAUCACGCUCAAAAAAAUUAUGCAAGUCAUCUCACCUGGAAAAGGCACAUAGAACAGGCAGUCCAGAAAAAUCACGUAAGCUAGACUAUGCGUGUAAUCUAGCCAGUUCAGAUAAGCCAGUCAGGCCACCUCGGCUAUCCAAGCCACUUUGUUCAUCUCGUCCACAAAAUGAAAUGUCACCAUCUGAGCCAUUCAGUCUAAAGGAAUUGGCUAAGCCUCCCAAACAUUUUAAUCCAAAAAGGUCAGUGAGUCGAGGCAGGGCAGCCUUAUUAUCCAACUCUAAAGUAGCCGAAACUUGUCAAUCCUACAAGAAAAAACAUCUUGUUUCCAAAACUUAUAAGCCUUUGGUCAAUGAUAUUUCUGAGGCAAAGGAGAAAAACACUCAAAACCUAUAUGUUUCAAGCAAAGUCAAGUCCUCUCCCAGGUCCUUUCGUGAGUUACAUUCCAGGAACAAUGCAUACGACGAUCACGUGAAUGACAGUGAUAUGAUGAGUUAUUACAGUGAGGAUGACAGUGAUAAAGAUAUAAUCAUUACAUGCGACAGAAGGUACAAUCAAGUCACCUCUGAAGUAACCCUAAAUGAUUAGGAGCUCAACAAAAAUAAAAUCCAAGUGUGAAAGAGCAAACUUAUACCAACUAUUUUAUGCUCAUCAUCCCUUAAGAAACCAGCAGAGGGAAAAAUCACUAUCAAGAUCAGUCCAAUCUGUCUUGGAGGCGAUUUAUUUUAAAAAUAUCAAUAAAAUGCAUGACAU